CACGUCAUUUCCGUAAGUAUUUGGCGGCUUGUAGAAAAAAAGUAGGAAGUAAGUUCUGUUCCCAACAGCAAACGAGUAAAAGAAGCAAUUCUUCUGAGAAUGGAUGAAAAUACACCACAGCAGACCAGCGAAUGGAAGAAUACUAAAGAAGCGUUAGCAAACUUCCGCAAGCUGCUAGUUUGUUCUAAAUGCUCUAAUUUGAUGAAGGAUCCGGUCUGUCUGGGCAUGUGUGAGCAUAUGCUGUGCAGGUCUUGUGCUGGCCCCCGGGCAGGAGAUGGCUGCGUGGUGUGUCACAGCCCUGCGUGGGUGAAGGACAUCCAAAUCAACAGGCAGCUGAGCAGCAUCGUGGAGAUCUUCUGUGAUUUAGAGUCCCUGCUCAAUCCAACCAAACAGCUCGAUUCGUCUGAGGCCCAAACACCGCCUGAGAAUGCUGUUGUGAAACAGAAGAACUUUAAGAUUUGGUUCAGUCCUCGCAGUCGAAAGGUGCGCUGCAUUGUGGAGAAGCCUUCUGAGGUAGCCGCGGCACAGCUGCGCUCCAGUGCUGCUCAGAGCGCAAACCUGUCCGUUUUUAAUUUUAGUUCGUCCUCUCAAGACUCGUCUCCUGCUUCUCCUCAAAAAGACAGCAAUGCAAACAAAAAGGGACAGAAAAAGUCUAAGAAGGCUGCUCCUAGCAACCGCGCGCGAGCCGCCACGAGGACCGCGUGUAAACAGACUAAUCAGAAAAGGAAGAAAAAUAGGCUGGAGGCCAUAAACCAGCAGUGGGGAAUUACAGAAGGAGAACCUACUCCAUCCAGACAGGAGCAUCCCGGUACUGAUGGAGUAAGAACGUCCACUAAAAGGGUGUCUUUCCUAAGCUCUCCUGUCACCUUUGAUGAGCCUCAGCUUGAAGCGCCACAGGGUAAUUUAAAUGAGCCCAGCUCUGCCAGCAGCACAGUUAGAGACCGCCUCUCAGAAGGUGAGAUAAAUGCAUCAAAUUACCAAACUCCGCCUGGUCCAAAGCCACCUGCAAAUGAAUCCAAUCCAAGUGACAGUACUGAUAAACAGGAAAUUGUAUUUUCUUCAAAAAGAACCAGAGCGGAGGAGAACAAGUGCUCGUUGGAGAGUACACCAAAAAGGCCGAGGGCUUCUCCGGGCCGAGGAAGAAAAUCACUGGGUCGCAUAUCUCCAGCUGUCAUCGAGUGUUUAUCCCCACCGAGCCCCGGGAGUGAUAGGAGCAUAACAGUCUCUAAAGAGUUAAGGAGCAGUCCCUCCGUUUUAGCACUUGCUUUGACAAAAAGCCAGGGCAAAUCUCCACGUAGUCCGGGAUCAUCUGUCGGACGGCUGAACUCUGGCAGUCCGGCGUUUAUGAAGAAGAACCACAAGGGAGAGACUCCACUGCAUCUGGCUGCAAUAAAGGGAGAUGUAGAGGCUGUCAAGAAGCUGCUGGACCAGGGAGCUGACCCCAACCUGAAGGACAAUGCUGGGUGGACACCUUUGCAUGAAGCAUGUAACCUUGGCCACCUGCUAGUUGUGGAGGUGCUGGCAUCAGGAGGAGCUUUAUUGAACACGCCUGGUUAUGAAAAUGACUCGCCGCUCCAUGAUGCAGUGAGGAACGGACAUGCAGCCAUUGUUAAAAAGCUGCUGCUGCUCGGGGCCUCACAGAAUGUGCUUAAUCUGCAUGGAAAGCGGCCAGCAGAUUAUGCAUCAAGCCAGGAGAUGCUGGAGAUUUUCCAAGAAGCUGCAAAAGGAACCCAGUAUGCUAAUUCGCCUACAUCUUCUAGCCCUUCAGCCAAUCUCUCAGCGGUGAGCGAAUGUGUGAAGAAGGAUCAGUCUUUGAUGUUUUUGGCCACCAAGCUGUCACCGUCCCAGGAGCAUCAGCUGGCCAAACUAGGAAUGCUACUGGGAGGGAGGAUGGCGGACACCUUUUCAAGCUCAGUGAGCCAUGUUAUCACACCAGAAGGACAAAUGCCCACCACCUACUCCGCCCUCCUGGGUCUUCUUGCUGGCUGCUGGGUUGUCAAGUACAGCUGGGUGGAGGCAUGUCUGCAGGCGGGGAAGUGGGCGCCUGAAGCUGAGCAUGAAGCGGGAGAAGGCCCUCAGCGCAGUCGCAUCAACAGAUGUAGUUUGCUCCCGCCUCUCUUCGACGGCUGUUUCUUCUUCCUCCUCGGACCCUUUAAGGCGCCGACCAAAGACGAGCUCACCAAGCUGCUGAGGGAAGGAGGCGGCCAGCUCCUGAGCCGGCAGCCGAAGCCAGACAGCGACGUGACACAAACCCUAAGUGCAGCAGCUUACCACGCCCAGCCGGGCUCUGACCAGGCCCUCUGCACCCAGUACAUCAUCUACGACCCGCAGGGACCUUACAAGCCCGCAGUAGUCAGACGGGGAAAGGUGUGGUCUGCUCCGUCCACCUGGGUGAAGGACUGCAUCGCUACCUUCUGCCUCCUCCCGGUGCCGAACCUUUAAAGCUUUUAUUUACUAAACUGAAUCAUGUUUAAAAAUUUUUACCUUAAGAUGAUUAAUCAUAAAAAUUGCAUAUAGUCUAGAAAAUAAUAAUAUUAAUAAUGGAGUAUUAUUUUAGUGCUCGAUGGAGAAAGGUCCUAUGUUGAUUCUUAGUGUUUUUCUUUGUGCAACCUUGACGUUUCUUUAGACAAGUCACUAGAAAUUUGUGCAUUACUAAUGAAACAGACAUUUUUAAUAAAGAAAUAAUUAUAAAAUUU